AUCUUAUCAUAAAAUUUUGCACCAGUUUGAUAAGACAUGGGAAAAUAAAAGUAAGCACGAGUUUGAACCAUAAACUCAGUGCUAUAAAAUUGUGUCUUGAAAUGGAUAUAAAAAUAUUUUUGUUACUUUUCAUCGUUUUGGUGAAAUCUCAAUCAAUUUAUAGUCAAAGCAUCUCAUGCAACUAUGCUGAGACUGUCAACGGCUACACAUGUCAGGCAACAAUCAAUAAUCAAAAUGGUUUUGAUAAUAUAACAUCAAUUGGUGGACAACAUCUUGCAAAUAAAGGCGAUGGUGAUGUUCGAUCUAUCAUAAGUUCCGGGCCUACAUCUCUAAAUAUUCCAAGGAUAUUUUGCGAUAAAUUUGUUAAUUUAGAAUCAGUUUAUUUCCUGCUAUUCAACAUUGAACGAAUUGAUAUGAAUUCAUUCUGGAACUGCAAGAAUUUAAUUACUUUGGACCUCCACAUGAAUCAAAUAGCAGUUGUCGAUCAGGUGGCAUUUGUUAAUGCUAUCAAGUUAACCAGGUUAGAUCUUCGUCAAAACAGAAUCACCGAUUUACCAGGAAUUGUAUUCUGGAGCUCAAGCAACUUAACAAUUCUUAAUUUAGAAGGAAAUCUGCUGUCAACACUUAAUCCCAACUUGUUCACUAGACUUCCUAGCUUGAGAUAUCUUUACAUGCAAAGCAAUCAAAUUGAGGUCCUUCCUGAUGGAAUCUUUGCAAAUUUAACUCGCUUGGUGCACAUCGACUUAGAUAAUAAUAAACUUAAAGUCAUUCGUGCUGAUUCCUUCGGUAUCCUUCCAAGAUUAAGUGUCACAUCAUUCCAAAAUAAUCAAAUUGACGCAAUUGACGAACGUUUUGUAGACAGUACUGGUGUUACUAGUUUUGACAUGAAGGGAAAUGUAUGUGCGGAUGUUAAUGUUAUGGAUACAACGGAAUUUAAACAAGUAAUGAGGUCUGAAUUAAGACAGUGCUUUAAUAAUUAUGUUGAAUUUAGUGAUCAUAACAACACUAUAGACUGCACCUUUAUGCAAACUGAGUUUGGUUACACAUGUCGAGCAUCAAUCAACAAUCCAAGUGGACUCAACAACUUUACAACAAUCAAUGGAGUGCAUCAGCCAGGCUUUGAUGAUUCGAGAGUGCAAGCUAUCCUCGGAAUGACAACAGUAUCCCCAAACAUCCCUAGGAUAUUUUGUGAUAGAUUCUCUAAUGUUGAGACAAUCUUUUAUAUUCAACUGAGCAUUAGAAAUGUGGGACCUGAUUCAUUCUGGAACUGCAACAGGCUAUUGGAAUUAAACAUUUGGGUAAAUCAAAUUCAGAAUAUUGAUGUUACCACCUUCUUUUAUAGUACAACAUUGAGGAGACUUGAUAUGCGACAGAGUAGAAUUUCUAACAUACCUAGAAUUCUGCUGUGGCCAUUAACUGCGAUGACUAGUCUAAAUUUAGAGCAAAAUGACCUGACUACUCUUGAUCCAGACUGGUUUUUGAGGCAAUGGAACUUGACUUCAUUGAACCUUCAAUUUAACCGAAUUGAAGAACUUCCAAGAGCAGUGUUUGGGAGCAUGACAGCUUUAGAGCAACUCGUAAUGAACAACAAUAGACUAAGAGUGAUUGACUCAAAUUCAUUUGGAAUUCAUUCAAUGCUGACCAACGCAUCGUUUGUGAAUAAUCAAAUUUAUGCCAUUGAUGAGAGAUUUAUAGACAACACAGCAAUAACCAGCAUUGAUCUAAGAGGAAAUUUGUGUAUUAAUUUAAAUAUUAUUGACCAAUCACCUAAUAGGUACCUGAUGCGGGCAGCAUUAAGUGAUUGUUUCCAGAAUUAUGUGAAUUUUUUUCCGGAAACAACAACUUCAACAACGACACAGUCAACAACUACAACUCCACAAUGUCCUAUUGGAAACUUAGAUGAACGAGUUUGUUUGCUAGAAUUUGAAAAUCAAGAUUUGCGAAAGAGAAUUGAGGCAUUAGAAAGAAGAAAGGAUGAACUUUAAACACAGGUCGUCAAACAAGAUCAAUAGAUUCAAUAUUAAUAAAAUAACAAGAUUGUACUUCAAAAUUGUAUAGUUUGAGUAAAUCAAAUAUUGAAAAUAAAAUAAAUCAAGUAUCAAAUUAA